GCGGGGUUUUGGUUGUGAAUGACGCGUUGUUGCGGUAGUAGGAAGUGGGAUUUACCAAAUCAUCAGUGCUGACAUAAGAUUCAAGAUUUGUUCCAGGGAUUUUUAACUAUAUUGAAUGUCGGCCUGAUUUUAAACGUGAGUAUAUGUUUACUCUAGAAGUUUAGCUUCAUCCUUUGAACACAGAUGUACAGCUACUGGGAAUACAAUCAUUGAGCUAAGAGCUAACGUUGGCUGCUAGCAAAUUAGCUUGUGGUCCUGGGGAUAGCUAGCCACAUUUUUGCGUUUCUAAAAUGAGUAACUUAUCGCCUAUAUAAGUUCCAAUAGAACGAAUAUGGCCCCUGUCUUCUGUCACUGCAGUACUUGCUCUGGUGUCACGCAAGGCUGCAGUAGCUAACUAGCUUAGCGUGGUGCUAACAUUUGUAACGCGUAUGUUGAAAUUCUGUGAUUACUCCAUCCAUGGCAUGAUCAGGCGAGCUCUAAUUCAGCCCACACACUAGCUCUUAUCAGUGGUGUAAAAAUGAGCUCAUGAUGUUCUGGCUGUUUAGGCAUGUGUAUGAUAUUAACUAUUUAUUAUACUGAUUACUAGCUUGUACCACUAUUUGUGUAUCGAGGGACCAACAUGCAUAGCAACGUGGAAUAGAACAUACAUUACUUUGUCAAUCACAGGCUCUAUCACUUUCAUAGUGGUGCUGUAUGCAAACUGCAGUCAAAUUCCUCAUAGCAUUUUUCCAUGCAACACAGAGGGCCUAUUUAAGUUCCCAUGAUCAUACCGUGUGUGUGUGUGUUGUGUACCUUUGUGCAACUGUGUGUGCGUGCAGAGGAAUGUCUCCUGAUGAGCUGGUCUACUUGGGAAUUCUCGCUGCUUCCAUCCCCAUCGGGUUCCUAUUCCGGUACCUGAGUGAGUAUUCUAUCUGGGCCGUCAAAGAAAUUCACCUAACCUACACGGUAUCUCCUAGAAUAGAUUAACACUGAAAAACACAAUGCUUUCUCUGGAUUUUUUCUUUUCAAGACAUUCUGGUAACAAGCAGGACAGAAGAAUGAAAAGGCAGUUGCAGUCACGAUAACAUGUCUACAAAAAUGUUAACACAUGAUGUAGAAUAGGCCUAUCUGCUCUGCUCUCAAGGUUUAUUGUAAGUGUUGUGUGUGGGUGUUAUUGUUGCUGUAGGUCCUCCAGUGAAGCAGGGGGUAGCGUUGCUCUUGGGCCUCUCGAUCACCAUAGCAACCUGUCAGGUCCAUGCGCUCCACUCACUGGUGACGGUGCUCGGAACAUGGAUCAUCAUCAAGAGCAGCUGGCGGUGAGAGACAUUAGUGAUGGGGGGAAAAAUCGAUACAGUUACAUACCGAGAUAUUAUUUUUGACGAUAUAUCGUAUCGUUUUGACAAUAUCGCAAUAUUAUUUUUGCGCUAGUUGGCUGUACCUGCACCAAAACCCCAGUGUUUUUCCUUCAUAGCUUGUUCUCCAUCUUCUUUUUAAAUACGGAGCCAAUUUGUUUUCAGCACUUUUAUUUCUCAUGGCUCUCUCUUGUCCCUUUGCAGCAAACAUAUGGUGAGCAGUAUGUUUGGAACAUCCAAUCGCAAUAAAAUCACAGUAUCGAAUCGCAAUACAUAUUGUAUCGGCACCAAAGUAUCGUGAUAAUAUCUUAUCGUGAGGUCCCUGACAAUUCCCAGCCCUAAGAGACAUUAUUCAAAAUAUACAAAUUAUAUAUCAACAGACACCGUAGAACACUCCUGUGUCUUAAUGUUGUGUCACUAUUUAGUGUGACAGUCAGGAACUUCUCUCUCUCACCCACUCCCCUGUUUACCUUCCUCAGGAGUGCCCCAGCUCUUUCUCUGGCCUGGACCUUCCUCUACCUCCUCUUCUUCAGACUGGUCACAUGGUUCGGCCUGCCGCCGCCAACACCCUUCGCCAACGCCAUCCAGCUACUCCUCACUCUGAAGGUACAUCUACAGGAAGAGAUGGAGGACACACACAUACACGAUUACUGAAAUGCAAUGGCAUUAUGCAUCAUGAUGUUGUUUACAGUAACAACCCACUUGUUUUCAUUCAGAUGGUCAGUCUGGCCAAUGAGGUGCAGAGUUUUCACAUAGAGAAGAAACAGGAAGUGAGCUCAUUCUCCAAGUCUCCUGUGGUUGGUGGACUGUCCCAAGAGCCCUCCCUCUAUGAUAUGAUAGCCUAUAGCUACUGCUAUGUGGGUAUAAUGACAGGUAAGGCUGUCUAGCCCCAUUCCCUAGUUUGUUUCAUCAUACAGGGCUACUGUCAACAUAUCCACAGUUCACCCAUUUCUCUGGAUCUCUUUUUGAUAUGGAGACAGAUGAAUGACUUCAGUGUGUAUGUGUGUGGUGUAAAUGUAUCAUGUAUUUAGUAUGAUUUGCCACUAAUUUGCUUUUGCACCCAUUUUAACUGUUGUUGUUUCUCUCUGUCUUUCUUUCUAUCUGCCACUAGUAAAAUAUUGUGUGAGUCUGCUUACGUUUUCUCUUCCGCUACACAACCUUCCUGUAACUCUCCCUCCUUUUUUUACUCAUCCCCUUCGUCCAUCACCCAAUAACACUCCUCCUCCUUACAAUCUAUCCCUUUUUUGUCCUCCAAUGAUCCCUCUCUCUCCUCAUUAUGUUUUCUAACUCAUACCAUCCCCUUUGUCUAUCCUACCACUUCUCCCUCAAUGCUCUCUCUUCAUCCCUUCAUUUUAUCCCUGCAUCUCCCUAAAGGCCCGUUCUUCCGGUUCCAAACCUAUGUGGACUGGCUGAGGCAGCCCAGCUCCCUGGACCUUCCUGGCCGGGUACCCUGCAUGCUGAGGCUGAGGUUGGUGCCCGUCUACGGAGCUCUGUUCCUGACCGCCAACGCGUACUUCCCCCUGGCAUACGUCCUCACUGAAGAGUUCCUGGAACAUCACUUCUUCUUCAGGUAGCAAAACAGCACUCCUGAUUUUGGGAAAAAAAUAUAUAGUUGUUUGCAUCAAAAAAGGUUGAUUUAUUUUUCAUGUAUUUCUUUCUUUUGAGUUGGCAUAACAAAAUUGUGAAUUCAUUCACCGCUGUCUUUCUCUCUCCAAAGAGCUACGGGAUUUUAAACCAUAAAAUAAUAGAGGGCAAAAUGUCUCUGAAUGAUUUCCCAGAUGACUGAAAACAAUCUAAGGACAAGCGCCAAUUCCAGUGAAACAGAAUGGAGACAGAACUCUCUCUGUUUAGUAUUGCAGACCAACAGCCUUUCACUUGUAGUUAUAUAUUAAUGAGGUCUCUCUCUCUCUCUCUCUAUCCCCCCCUCCAGGUUGUUCUACAUGACGGUGGUGUUCUUUGUGUUCCGGAUGCGGUUCUACGCUGCAUGGUGUGGGGCAGAGGCUGGUUGCAUCAGCGCAGGACUGGGCUGUUACCCAGAGGGGGCGCUCUCCAAGCCGGGAGGAGGUCCCACUGUCAACUACAGGCAAGUCUCACACAUGAUAUUCAGUCCAGUUGGGGAAAACAGUAAAGUACAUUAAUUCAUAAUUAUUUGUGUUUAAUUACAUUUUAGUCAUUUAGCAGACGCUCUUAUCCAGUGCGACUUACAGGAGCAAUUAGGGUUAAGUGCCUUGCUCAAGGGCACAUUGACAGAUUUUUCACCUAGUCAGCUCGGGGGUUCGAACCAGCAACCUUUCAGUUACAGGCCCAAUGCACUUAACCGCUAGGCUACCUGCUAAUCUUGGUUUUGAUUUUUCUGUCUCUCUAGCCCUGACCCUGACAGUCCGGUUUUGUACGACUUCAAAGCCAUCCAGAACAUUGACCCAUACAACACUGACUUCUGUGUGAAGGUCCGCCACGGGAUGCGCUACUGGAAUAUGACUGUGCAGUGGUGGCUGCAUCACUACAUCUACCCCAACUCCCCCUUCAAGGCUUACGCACUCAAGUAAGGGCCCUAUUCAGGUUCACUAGAGAAGGCAUGUGUAUUGUGUAAAUAAACUGUCUCAUAGCAGUCUGUUAAAAACUACAAAACUACAGUCAACUUUCAAUGUAUUUGUAACUGCCAGAUAAGAUGUCCCCUGAAUGUCAUUUGAUGCAUGUUUCACAGUACUACCUCUCUCUCUCUCUCUCUCUCUCUCUCUCUCUCUCUCUCUCUCUCUCUCUCUCUCUCUCUCUCUCUCUCUCUCUCUCUCAGGGCUGGAUGGACCAUGUUCAUCAGUGCAUACUGGCACGGGCUUCAUGCUGGCUACUACCUGUCUUUCCUCACCAUCCCCCUGUGCAUUGCGGCUGAGUCGGCCAUGGAGUCGUCGGUCAGGGCCAAGCUGGGGCCCCGGGGCCAGAGUGCCUUCGACUGGGUCCACUGGUUCCUCAAGAUGAGGGCCUAUGACUACAUGUGUAUGGGCUUCGUCCUGCUGAAGGCCAGCGACACCGUCCACUACUGGACCUCCAUCUACUUCAUCAUCCACAUCAUCGCCCUGGCCUGCAUUCUGUUCGGGAGGCUGAUGAAGGGAGGAAAGAGGGAGGGAAAGAAGAGUGAAAAGGAGGAGAAAAUUGAGGGGGAGAAGAAAGAGGUGAAGCAAGAGGACGUGAGAGAGAAGACAGAGUGAGAAUGGAUUGAUGGGGGGAGAUGGGAGGAUGUCCUGUAUGGGGAGUAUUAGUUUACUAAAGAACUACAAUUCCCACAAUGCACUGUCUGUCACUGAUCUGUAUGGGUCACUUUUGUCAGUUAGGUCCAGUGAUGUCUCACCUGGUAGAGAAGAGUUAUGUUCAAUCCCGAACUGACCCCUAGACCCUACUAGGGUUUGAUUUGGAGUUGGGAGGUAGAGUAGAUUAAGUUGUAGGAUUCCUAUCCAGGAGACAUCAUUGGACUGUUAGCUGAAUACAGUGAAUCCUUAUGAACAUUGUUGUAACCCAGUAACAGUUGCCAUGUCGAUAUUAUAUUAUAAACCACGUAUACAUACAGGUAUAAUUGGGUGAAAAUGUUUGAGCUUAAUGAAUGUCAUUUCUGAUGCGUGAGUGGCAAAAAAGUUCAGGGGGAAUGUAGAUUAUUCAGCUACUUCACUUGUGCUUAUGUAUAUAUGUGUGUGACUAUUUCAAAACACAAAGCCAAUUUUCAUAAUAAAUAUACUUAAAUUAGUUUAGAGGACACAACAUUGGAUGUUCUAAGGCUGUAGGUUCAAGAUGCUGUCUUGAAACAGAAUAGAAAGUACUGUAAAGCCACAUCGGCACGUCACUUGAAUCCAUUCAUAGAGCAAGGACUGAAUUUGAACUGGGAUCUAAGUAUGUUACUCGGAGUCUGUACUUUUGCCUAAAUCUCCAAUCCCAUUGAUAUCAAUGCACGAUUUACUCAAAGUUAAAUACAAGUUACGGGCAUUUAUCUCAAGUCAUGACCAGAGCAACAAUAUAUUAUUUUUCCGGGGCAACAAGACUUUCCGCUUCUUUAUAUUUUCACGUUUUCAUUGAUCAGGUUGUUCCUAUGAUACGUUAUUAUAGAAUAGUGCAGAAAACGUAACUUUGGAUGACCAUGAGCACAUACUGAGUUAUACUUGUCUAGUUUUAAAACGCAUAUCACUCCCAAGUGGCGCAGCGGUCUAAGUUACUGCAUCU